CCUGUCCUUUCCCUUACUUUGCUAACCAUGUGAAGAGGUUCAGACUGUCUAAUCAGGAAGGUUUUAAGACAUUGUGUCUCUUGACGCAGGCUGAUUGGUCUUUGGUUAGAGAGUUGUUUUCAAUCAAAAUUAAAACUCUUCAUUAUAGGCUAAUAUUCCAUUAAAUGGGAGUGAAAUGCAUUCACUCCCAUUUAUUUUUGUUGAUGUUUUGACGGCACUUUAUAUUGACCCAAACUUUACCAAGAUCAUAUGAUCUCCUAAUAUCUCCCUGCUGUCUGACUUAUAUAUUUCUUUCAUUAUGUCAUACCUUAUAUCUUAAACUAAACAUUAAACAUUUAGCCCUUCCUUUUUCCUUUAAAUCCUUUAAAAAUAUUUUUCUUUCAUAUUACACCCUUUAUGCCAUAUUAUACUUAAUCCCCUUUCUGUUUACUUUAUAUUAUUUCUACACUAUUGCUAGGCUCCAUCUUCCCUUCAUGUUGGAAUGUUUUGAAUUACAUUUUUCCCUCGUUAAACUGCUGUUACAUUAAGCAUUUUAGAAUCUUCCCUUUUCUCUCAACUUUUCCUAAUAACAGAUGAGACUAAUCAGUACCUAGAUUACAAUUUUGCUUAGUCAUUUACCAGGCUGGUUUGCAUUAACUUCCAGAGGUCUGGAUUAGGGUGGAUACUAUAGGCAGCAUACGAUUGGCCAUGCAGUGGGAGGCGGGCCUGUCCAAAGUUAAACAUCUGGAAGAGUUUACUGCUGCUGCUCAGUCUCUCAGUAAGUCAGUUGAGUGGAAAACCGCUGCCAAAAAGAAGAUGUCCUUCAUAAAAGUAGAUGCAACGUCUGAUUUCUCCUUCCACAACCUUCCUUAUGGAAUAUUCUCCACACCUGAUAAUCCCAAACAAAAUCGCAUUGGUGUUGCCAUUGGAGACCAGAUACUGGACCUCAGUGUGAUAAAGUCUUUGUUUCGAGGGCCUGUGAUGUCCAGACAUCAGGAUGUCUUUGACCAGCCCACACUGAAUGCUUUCAUGGCUCUUGGUUAUGAGGCCUGGAGAGAGACCAGAAGAACCUUGCAGGUGUUGCUGUCAGCCAAUGAGAGCACACUGAGAGAUGAUGUCAGCCUUCGGAGCAGAGCAUUUGUCCAUCAGAGUGCAGCCACCAUGCACCUUCCUGCAGACAUCGGUGAUUACACCGACUUCUACUCCUCCAGAGAUCAUGCUACCAACGUUGGCAUCAUGUUCCGGGGGAAGGAGAAUGCUCUGAUGCCAAACUGGUUGAGGCUUCCAGUGGGAUACCAUGGUAGAGCAUCAUCAGUGAUUGUUUCUGGGACCUCCAUCCGCCGUCCCUCAGGCCAGAUGAGACCUGACCAGACGAAACCUCCAGUGUUUGGCCCGUCUAAGCAGUUGGACAUUGAGCUGGAGAUGGCCUUCUUUGUUGGAGGGGGGAAUCAGCUCGGGGAGCCCAUUCCCAUCAAGAAAGCCCAUGAACACAUCUUUGGCAUGGUACUCAUGAAUGACUGGAGUGCCAGGGACAUCCAGGCAUGGGAGUAUGUACCUCUGGGUCCUUUCCUGGGGAAGAACUUCGGGACAACCAUCUCACCCUGGGUCGUCCCCAUGGAGGCGCUGUUACCCUUUGCAGAGCCCAACCCCAUCCAGGAUCCAGAGCCCCUCCCCUACUUGCAACACCAUGAUGCUUACACUUUCAACAUUAACCUAUUUGUGUCACUAAAAGGACAGGACAUGGCAGAAGCAGCAAUCAUCUGCAUGUCAAACUUUAAGUACAUGUACUGGACAAUGAAGCAGCAGCUCACUCAUCACACAGUCAACGGCUGCAACGUCAGACCUGGAGACCUACUGGCUUCUGGUACCAUCAGUGGACCUGAUCCAGAGAGUUUUGGUUCUAUGCUAGAGCUGUCAUGUAAGGGGUCUAAGAGCAUCGAUUUGGGAGGAGGAGAAACUAGAACCUUCCUGAAGGAUGGAGAUGAAGUCACCAUCACAGGUUACUGCCAAGGAGAUGGAUACAGGGUGGGCUUCGGACCCUGCAUGGGAACCAUUCUCCCUGCCCUGCAGCACUGAAACACACAUCACUGUUAUUAAUGUGGCCAUCAUUUUGUGGAGCAUAAAUACUAGAAGACACAAACUUACACACCUACAGUAUCUCAUCCUGCUUUGAUGUUGAAGUCGAAUACAACCAAAAACUCUGCUCACUCCUCUCUGUAUCACACACACACACACACACACACAGACACAUAUUUCUCUUAAAAUAACAUGUUUCCAGCUUUAGUUAAUAAUUGAUGAGGUUCAGUUGAUGUAGUCUCAGAGCUCUGUAGAGUUGUAGAGUGGCCUUGUUAUUGAAAUCCUCUGCAUUAUAUUCAUCCAGCAGCGAGAUUCUCCCACUUCACGUCACAAUGUUACUGCUGUACCAGGAUCAGUGUUCUUGAUGUUUUCUGUGUGCUGGCUCCUGAUUUAUAAUGAAAUCAUCAAUUUAA